AUAAAAAAACAUCAUACUAAUUAGGUGAAAAUUGUAAACUUACUAAAAAUAAAAAAAAACAGAACAUUUAAUAAAAUAUAAUAUAUAAACAGUUUUGUGUAUAGUUAUUUGAUAAACCAUAUCCAGGGACAUCAUGAAAUGCCGCUGAAAAACGCCACUAAUGACAUGACAAUCUAUCUGCUGAAAAUCACUAUAGUCUAUAGUGUGAAUGUAAAUAAUACGUACAUCCAUUUAAAGUUAUUCAAUCUAGUGUAGUUUUUAAUUUAAUUAACAGUAACAAGGGUACAUUCACUUACCAUUAAUUUAUUAUACUUCGAACAUUUCAGUUCCAAAAUUAAGUAAGAAACGGUAGUUAAUCCAUUAUAGCCAAAUGACUACAGCAGCACGUCCAACUUUUGAACCAGCAAGAGGUGGUCAAGGAAGAAAUGAAAAAGAUCUUAGUGCUAUUUCUAGACAAUAUUCAAGUAGAGAUUUACCAGGACAUACUAAAUUAAAAUAUAGGGAACAUGGACAAGGAACAAUUGAUGAAACCAGGGCUAGAGAUUUUAGAAAAGAACUUGAGGAACGUGAGAGAGAAAAAAGACCAGGAGUUAGGGUAGUUGAGCACAGCAAAAGAUUAAAAUUGGACCAAGUCCCAGCUGCUAGCUUAGAUGCAGAUGACCCCCUUGAUGAAGGAGAUUCAGAUUCAAGUGAUGGUGAUGAUGCUGAUGAUGAUACUGAAGCUUUACUUGCAGAAUUGAGUAAAAUUAAAAAGGAAAGAGCUCUAGAUACUGCAAAAAAAGAAAUAGAAAGAAGACAAGAGGAAGAAAGAAUAAGAAUGGAAAAUAUUUUAAGUGGAAAUCCUCUAUUGACACAUUAUUCAGCAGGAUCAAAUAAAACAGAUCACAAAGUGAAGAGGAGAUGGGAUGAUGAUGUGGUAUUUAAAAACUGUGCCAAGUCUGAACCAGAAAAAAAGACAAAUGUAUUUAUAAAUGACUCUUUAAGAUCAGAAUUUCAUAAAAAAUUUAUGGAAAAAUAUGUUAAAUAAUUUAAUUUUAUUAAUAUUCUGUCAUAUUCAUGAAUUUAAACAUUUUACAUAUCACAGUUAAAUGAUAUGUUUACAAGAAAUAACAUGUUUGAAAUCUGGAGCAAAAUAAUAUACUUCAUUGUGUAAGUUAUUUGAGUUUGAAUUAUAAAUUUAUAUUGGUGAUUUCGAGAAUUAGUUUGCGCACUUAAAAGAUGUGACAUCAAAUAAUUGUGGUGUUUGGGCUUAAUAAUAAUUCAAACCUCUCAUACUAUUUUCACGUAAGGUAUUUAGAUCCUAUUUGUACUUUCAACUUCUCAUUACUCUUUCCAAUUUAUUUUAUUGCUAUAGUAAAUUUUUCUUUCCUUUUGAUUUUCCAUUUGGCAGACCUUAUCGUCAACUUCUUUAGUAUGUUUUAUUGAAAUGUGCCAUGUAUUUGUCGGAUUAAACUUUAGAUUCACUCCUUUUCUUUCUAUCCAAACAAAAUUGUGUUAGAUAGUUAGACUGGAGGGUUUUCAGUGGAGAGCAUUAAUUAUCUUUCAUUUUAUAUGUUUGAACUUCUUGAAUUUUUCAAAUUUGAUAGAUAAACAAUGUCAUCCAAAGUGAAAAAAUUAGUAAUUGUGGAUAUGAAUAGUAGAGAAAUAUCCACAGAAUAGAAGAAUUUAAGUAUAUAGUAAGAAUGAAUAAUUUGCUACAUAUAUUUUUUCUUCCAUAUAUCAGUAAUUGGUUUCUUACCCCCCAUUCGUCAAAAUGCAUGUCCUAAUCCAAAUUCGCAAAUGAAAUCCUUUCAAUAUUUGUAGAGAAGACUUCAUUAUAAUUGAUAUCACUGUACAAGCUUUUGUAAAUCAAAACUCAUAUUACUAUUGUAGUUUUAAGGGAAGAGCUGUUCAAUAGAAUUUAAACUACUACGACGUUUUGCUUGUAGUUUUAAAUGUAAACUAUAGCCAAUCUCUUAGUACUGUGCAAAUAUAUAUGAUAUUAAGAGUAAUAAAGCUGGGAAGUUUCAAACAGAUUUGAUGUUUCUCUUUAAUAAUUGGCUGCUAUUCUUUUGUUAUUUCCAAAAAUUGACUUUUUAUUUCCAUUGAUAAGUUAUGGGCAUACUAUAUAUUGCUUAGAAGAUAUAUUUUUGGCUGAAUUCUUACAAUGAAGGUGUUCAAAAAAAUAGGUAUUUUCAAGUUAAAGUAUGAAGACUGACGUUUAUUCAAAUUACAAUUUUAUUACAGCAUUUGAAAAACAAAGUCAAAGUGAAGAUUUAAUAUCAUUUAUCUCAAAAUUUUUCACCAGCCAGUAAAUCAUAGUCUGUUCAAAAAAAUAAUCACUCUUUAACUUGUUCAAAAUAUCAAAUAAAACGAAAAAUGAUUUGUUAUUUUAUUUAUCUUACAUUAUAUUUUAUUUUUGUUGUAAGUAUUAUUUACCAUUGAAAGGUUUUUGGGAGAUGUUUCGGGUAAUUCCUAUGACAGAUAUUUAAUUUAAGCUAUGUAAAGAUUUAAUAGAGGUAUAAUUAAUUUCAUUAUAAAUUAAUUCGCAAAAAAUUAUUGGAAUAUUAUACUUUUUAAUUUUGAUCAUGAUAAAUAAACAAAAGGUUUUGCUACGAUACAUAAUUCAAAUAAAUUUUUAAAAAUA